AUGGAGAUUACAAAUAUUAGCUGGUUCCAGCCACCUACUCUUCUUCUCACAGGCAUCCCUGGGCUAGAAGAUGUGCAGAUAUGGUUCUCUAUCCCACUAUGUGUCAUGUAUCUAAUAGCCCUCCUAGGAAACUGUACCAUCCUCUUUGUUAUCAAAACCACCCCCAUCCUGCAUGAGCCUCAGUACAUCUUCCUAUCUAUGCUGGCAGCUACGGACGUGGGUCUGUCUGUAUCAACUCUGCCUACAGUGUUGAAUGUUUUCCUCCUGAAUCACAGAAAAAUUGAUUUCCACUCUUGUUUGACACAGAUGUUCUUUAUCCAUACUUUCUCUUCCAUGGAGUCAGCCAUUCUACUGGCCAUGGCUUUUGACCGGUUUGUAGCUAUUCAUAAUCCAUUAUACUAUACUGUGGUUUUAACACCCCCUAGGAUUAUCAGAAUGGGACUUUCAGCUGUUGUUAGGGGUGUGGUGUUAAUGGCACCCUUACCCAUUCUUCUAAAGCGGUUACCUUUUUGUAAGGGUGUCAUUCUAUCUCAUUGCUACUGCUACCAUCCUGAUAUUAUGAAGCUGGCCUGUGGUCCUGUCAAAGUCAAUAUCAUCUAUGGAUUGUCUCUAGUCCUCUGUUCCUUUGGAGUUGACUCUUUAUUUAUUCUCAUCUCUUACAUCUUGAUUUUGAAAACAGUGUUGGGUAUUGCCUCAGGUGAUAGUCAGCUAAAGGCGCUCAACACCUGUGUCUCCCACAUCUUCACUGUCUUUAUAUUUUAUGUACCACUCAUUGUUCUGGCCCUAAUUCACAGGUUUGGUACAUUUACAUCUCCUCUCCUUCAUGUCACUAUGGCUAACCUCUUCCUCUUUUUGACUCCUGUUCUGAAUCCCUUGGUUUACAGCUUAAAAACAAAACAGAUAAGGUCCGCAGUGCGUAAAGUAUUCAAAGAUAGGAGAAACUUGCUCAAAUAG